CGCGAAGUGUUAACGCUCGACCAUUCUUUCUGCUCCCAUCUAGAUUCAACGCAGCUCGGAUAAACCAGGCUUCCGCUCCACCCAGUCGCCCUCCCGCCAGAAAGACUUCUGAGAAAGAAACGCGGCGAUACACGCUCUCCCCGACUAAGACCGGCGAUAGGCUCCACCACAAUCUCCCUCGAACACCCUUUGAUGCGCAUCCUUCCGUUCUCGCCUGGACCAGUUCUUCUGAUCCCCCGGGAGCGUUUUCCUUCUCGAUUUUUGAAACCCUGAUGCAGUUGAAUCGCUUUACAUGGCUGGGUCCCGUAGGAGUCCGGUGUUGAGAGAGCAGUGGAGAACCACCGGCGACACUAGAGACCAAAGAGAUCGGGAACGGCACAGACCUCGAGGUUCACACCGCGACAGGGGAGGAAAGCACGGAAAUCGUGACAGGGACCGCCGACGCCGACAGAAGGACGGCAGACCAGGGCCCCCAUUCCGGUCGCCGCCACCGCGCUCGUUUCCUCAUCCUGACGACGACGAACGUCGCCCCCCUCGUGAUUUUUCUCCUGGUGCCGCUUCCGCUCGUGGCUCCCCCGGCCUCCCUCACUCGGAAAUCAAGCACCGCCAGAAACCACCCUUUCAUCGUUCGCCUGACCAGGCGGACUUUUUCGAUCUGGAUCCAAACCGCCUUCGGGAGGCCGAGAGACCGACCGAAAGAGACUAUCGACGAGACGACUCGCCCUCUGCUCCGCCUCCCAAACGCAAGAGAACUCGAAGCCCGUCUCCAGGCGGCCCUCCUCGCCACCCCAACCAUCCGUCGCAUCGUUAUCCCGGUGACGAUUUUGACCGAGGUUUCCCGUUCAAGAAGCGUGGACGUUUCCCGGGUCGGGGUAGGUCUGGUCGAAGAUCUCCACGACGCGGCAGAGAGCGGCGUAAAAACGAAGGUGGGCGACGACCCUCCCCUCGUCCCAGGCGCUCCAGGUCCCCCGUUCGUGGAAGCAAGACUUUCAACUAUCCCCGCCGGCGUUUCCAGAGCCCUCGCCCGGAAGACGACCUGGAGGAAGGACCUCGAUAUCGAUCCGUAUCGCGCCAUUCUGUACAGUCCGGGGAUUCGAGGUUUUCCUACGGUUCUCGACGUGACUCCAUCACCAUGAAUCCAGGCAGACCAGCUCGUUCAAUAACGGAUGAGACCCCUCGGUCUCCGUCACCAGCUCGCCCUAUACCAAGCUUCAAUGCCGAUUAUGAUCCAGCGCCUGCGGACGGUGGUACUCUGCGUGAGCCACACGGAAGGUGGCCAUCAGAUGCCCCAAGCGGCCCGCACUCUCGCCCAUCCAGACCACGUGCUGACUCGAGGCAAUACUCUGCAUCACCACAGCGUGUAACGCCGACUAAUUCAUUCCACGGCUCUCCCCAACCUUCAUCACCGUAUUCUGCCGGUCGGGGUGGCUGGGGUGGCCAGCAGCGUUCAUACCAUGGACAGUCUGGACAUUCAUCACCAUACAGAUACGCCCCAACGGGCCCCCAAAGCCAGUACUAUCAAAAUUCCGACUCGUACGGUGCCUCGCAUUCUGGCCUGUCUUACCGUGGAGGGUAUCGUGGUAACCACCAAAGUCAUGGAGGCGAUCGUCGAUUUUCGGGUGCUGGCCACGCAAAUUACGGCAACGGUCCUUCGCCGCGAGGUCGCGGUCAUUUUGGAAGCUUCUCACGAGGUGGUUCAAGUGCUCGGGGUCGAGGAUCCUCUCAUAGCCCUCGUGCGGCGUAUGGCCCACCAUCUCCUAGCCCCCCACCUCCCCCGCCAUCAGACGAUCAGAUCCCCAAAGAUACGGAUGAGACCAGCAACGUCUUCGACCGCUCAAGGGACGAAACCCGGCCAUCAAAUGGAGACUCGAAUAACGUCUCGGAGACAGGCGAUUCGCAGGCACCACCCCCCAGUACCAAUCUACCCGACACUGCAACGCCGAGCAAAGGAGGCAAGAUCAGCUUUGCGUUCAAAGCGAAGACUACACAGGCACCAGCUCCGAAACCCGUCCCUGAUCUGGCGCAGAGAAUGUUGGCGCGGGAGCCUCCCCCUCGGGCUGCCGAACCGCCUCCGCCUCGAAACCGAAUGCCCGCUGCUCCCCCGCCGAAGUUCAAGCCGGAUUCGAGAUCUGACCGUCGUGAUCGGGACCGAGAUCGCCAUCGCGAAAGAGACCGAGAUAGAGGCAGGCCCGAUCGACGAGAGUUCCGCGACCCUCGUGGCUUCCGCGAGCCUCGAGACGGGCGCGACAACCGAAGAGAAGAUCGUCGCUUCGACAACCGGAACGAGAGAAGGCGGGGAGAUCGACGACAGGAUUUCCGCGCAGAACGUCGGCGAGACCGUUCCCCGGAGCCGAAGAAGCAACCCAAGAUCAUGACUCGAAUGAAGCCACGCCCUACUCUGCUCGAGGAGUUCGCUGAUUCGGAUUCGGUCUAUUACCGAAAGCCCGGUAACGAGUCUGUCAUCGGUGCUGGUACCUACGGAAAGGUCUUCAAGGCAAUCCAUGUCUAUACUCAGAACAAGGUGGCGUUGAAAAAGAUCCGAAUGGAGGGCGAGAAGGACGGUUUCCCCGUCACCGCGGUCCGGGAAAUCAAACUACUUCAGCAUCUGCGCAACGAAAACGUGGUCAGUUUGCUGGAGGUGAUGGUUGAAAAGAAUGAAUGCUUCAUGGUAUUCGAAUACCUAUCUCAUGAUCUUACCGGGCUCAUCAACCACCCAACUUUCACCCUUACUGCCAGCCACAAGAAGGACCUUGCGAAGCAGAUGUUUGAAGGGUUAAACUAUCUUCACCACCGCGGCGUUUUACAUCGUGACAUCAAGGCUGCCAACAUUCUCAUCAGUAAUCGCGGAUUGUUGAAAUAUGCCGACUUUGGCCUUGCCAGGUUCUUUUCGAAGAGCCGCCAGUUGGAUUACACGAACCGGGUCAUCACCAUCUGGUAUCGGCCGCCGGAACUUCUGCUGGGUGAGACUAGGUACGGACCAGCGGUCGAUGUCUGGAGUGCGGCCUGCGUCUACGUGGAAAUGUUCACGAAGAAAGCGGUUUUCCCCGGAGAAGGAGGAGAAAUCAGUCAGCUAGAAAAGCUGUACAAUUCGCUGGGAACUCCCACGCGGGUUGACUGGCCGGACAUGGCUGAGAUGCCCUGGUUUGAGCUAAUGCGGCCGACGGAACGCAAAAGGCGAGUCUUUGAAGAAGUGUAUGGUUCGGUCUUGUCCCCGGCGGCCCUCGACCUGGUGUCUCAGGUUUUCCGUUACGAUCCUGCUAAACGACCAACGGCCGAGGAGAUCUUGAAACACCCAUACUUCGUCUCCGAGGAGCCCGCCCCGCAGCAGGCCAUCGAGCUGGAAAACAUUGAAGGAGACUGGCACGAAUUCGAAUCAAAAGCACUGCGCAAGGAGAAAGACCGGGAAGCUCGUCGGGCCGAAUAUCAGAAGGACAGGGAGAAGCGUAAAGGCGGCCCCCCGGUUCCUCAAAGUGAACGAGAUUCCAAGCGCAUGAAGUCCGAUGCCGCCGAGCUUUAGGGUCUUUUGGUGGACGUCUAUUUUCAUUGAAUUUGCAUUUUAUUUCCAGCAUCUGUUCUUCCCGUUGAGGCUUAAACUCACUUUCUCGGGAGGUGCAUGAACACUCUCAUGGGAGCGUCGCAAUUUGCCAGUUCUGCAUUUGAUGGACGUAUGACAUCGAAGCGACUACUUGGUUUGCCCUGCAGAUUGGUGUUUUUUUCUUUUAAAGCAUGAUGGGUGAUGUACGACAUGCCUGCAUUUACAAGUGUGGUUUACACGGGGCGUACGGGAAGGGUUUUCUUCGGCAACUGAAGGUCAUUUUUUUCUUGUCUUCUCUUAUUUCAUGGAUUACAUGGCACCUUCCAUCACAAUGGUUAUUUAGUGUAUAGAUGUUUAUUUCUUUCCAUUGACU